AUGGCAUUAAACCACAGUGUCCCACCUCAAGAUGACUACAUUCCACAUUAUCUUCGGGAUGGAGACCCUUUUGCAUCCAAACUCUCCUGGGAAGCUGACUUAGUAGCGGGUUUCUACUUAACCAUAAUUGGUGUGUUGUCUACCUUGGGAAAUGGCUACGUGAUUUAUAUGUCUUCAAAACGGAAGAAGAAGCUGAGACCUGCUGAAAUAAUGACAGUUAAUUUAGCGGUCUGUGACCUGGGGAUUUCAGUUGUAGGCAAGCCUUUCACCAUCAUUUCUUGCUUCUCUCAUCGAUGGGUGUUUGGCUGGGUUGGCUGCCGCUGGUAUGGAUGGGCUGGUUUUUUCUUUGGCUGUGGGAGCCUCAUCACCAUGACUGCUGUCAGCUUGGACAGAUACUUGAAAAUCUGCCACUUGUCUUACGGGACUUGGCUGAAGAGACACCAUGCCUACAUCUGCCUGGUAAUCAUCUGGGCCUAUGCUACCUUCUGGGCAACCAUGCCCUUGGCAGGUCUGGGGAACUAUGCCCCUGAGCCCUUUGGAACAUCCUGCACUCUCGACUGGUGGCUGGCUCAGUCCUCUGUGACCGGACAAACGUUCAUCCUGAACAUCCUCUUCUUCUGUCUCUUGCUCCCAACUGCCGUCAUUGUCUUUUCCUAUGUGAAGAUCAUUGCUAAGGUCAAGUCCUCCACGAAGGAAGUGGCCCAUUUUGACAGCCGGAUCCAGAGCAGUCACGUGCUGGAAAUGAAACUGACCAAGGUGGCAAUGUUGAUCUGUGCAGGGUUCCUCAUUGCCUGGAUCCCCUAUGCCGUGGUGUCAGUGUGGUCAGCUUUUGGACAGCCUGAUUCCAUUCCAGUUCAGUUUUCGGUGGUGCCAACCUUGCUUGCAAAGUCAGCAGCUAUGUACAACCCAAUUAUUUACCAGGUCAUUGACUGCAAAUUUGCCUGUUGCCAAUCUGGUGGGCAGAAAGCAGCCAAGAAGGAAUCUUUGAGGGAUUACAGGAGGCAUACCGUGUCCACCAUCAGGAAAUCAUCAUCAGUGUCUGAAACCCAUCAAGAGGUUCUUAUGUAGCUACUCCGUUGUUGUGGAAGUGGAGGGCGCGGCCAUUUUACUGGAGAGAGCAUGGUGUAAUGGAAGCCAGAAUUCCAAGGUUUGAGGCCUAAUUGCCACUGACUAGCUCUGUGACCUUGGUUAAAAUACUUAACCUUUUAAACCCUCAGUUUCCUCAUUUGUCAAAUAUGGGUCUUAAUGCUUACCCUAUCUACCUCACAGGGAUGUUGUGAGGGUCAAAUGAGGAAAACAUAUUUUAAGACACUGUAACUUCAAAGUGAUUUAUAAAUAUAAGCUAUUAUUGGUACACAGAUGAAACAGACCCAUGUUUGAACUCCACAAUUCUUAAAAGAACAUGAGAUCAGGUAAAAGGGAGUAAUUUUUAUGCUUUUUAAAAUGUAUAUUCUUAGUGUUUUAUUUUCAUUUUUUUGUUUUGUUUCUGUUGUUGAAAUUAACUUCUCUAACAAGAGGUUGGUAUUGAGCUUCUAGGUCAUAUCUUCUUCCGGGGGAAUUGUCCUAGUUCUAAGUCCAACAGAUUGAAACAAAUAAUUGUUGGAUUGGGUUUGAUUGUUGUAUUCAAAUGUCACACUUAGAACUUCCGAAUUAUUUCCUUAAUUUCACAUUUAUCUUCAUUGGAGGUAAAGAAUGCUGGCUCCAGACCUGGGUUCAAAUCCUGUCUCUGACACUAACUGUGGAAACUUUGGAUAAUUAUUUAACUUCCCUAGGCUUCUGUUUCCUCUUCUGUAACCUGGGGCUGGGGGUCGAGGUUAGAAGAUGGCUUCUGAGAUCCGUUCCAACCCCAAGUCUAUUGAUGACCCUAUGAUAUUAUGUAUUUGCCUGUAGAGUUAUUUAGGAUAAAUUUCAAACUUGAUACUCCAUGAGAAAUUGAAUAGUCUCUCCAAUAGGUUUUAUAAUAGUAGUUGUCAUGUGUAUGCACAAAUAAAUGUUGGGCUUCCACUGGCUCCUAGGUUGUAAUAGCACCUAUGUUGUAUUGUGUCUAAUAGUUGUAGGCAGCACCUAAAUAGAUGGGAAGUCGUUGAUGAUGUAUGUUACACCCAGAAUGCAUUCUUACUAUAUCCAUAAAACCUAACAGUUGGAAAGUAGGUGAUGCCCACAUAAAACCCUGAUGGGUAUGAUCCUAGUGUUGGUGGUUGCAAGAUAAAUAGCAAGUAGAACAAAUUAAAGUAUUUGAUGCCCAGAUACUUUAUACCUUGUCAUCAAAACUUCUGUAAUUAGAUAUUUUCAGUAGCUUCUAUUCUCUUGUCUGCUCUGAUAUUUAGAAGUUCUGUGAUUUCAUCAAUGUGGGCACUUCUGCUACUGAUAUAAACCUCAAUCCUUCUUUGUGAGUUGUGUAGUUGAGAAAUACAUCACUUGGUGGCCAACCCUCCUGUGAUGAGCCUCUCUGAACUUAGACUGGUCCUCAGAUAACAGACGUGAAACCUAUCAUAAUGCUUCUAUAACAGAAGGCUUCACAGCUUGAUAAUACCUGUUGGUUCCUAUGCCCCACUGGCAUAGCCUCUGAGAACCCAUGGUUCCUGCCAUUCAUACUAUGAUGAGGCAUCAGGGGAGAACUUAGAGAGUUCCUGUAUAUGGAAAGUUCAAAUGAUUUCUUGGUGUGUAAUUCCUACUUUUGAAUGUCAAAAUAUUGCAUGUUCUGUGUAUUGUUUAGCUUAUCUCUCUCCUAAAACUUCACGACUCAAACACUGGUGUCAACAUGUAAUAUGUAUGUCACUUCUUACAUUAUUUAGAACAGAUGUUUUAAAGUGAAUGAACAAAUGAAUGAAUGAGUGAAUUAAUAAAUAAGUUAAGGAAAUGAACACAAGUUUGUCUUGACCUCAAUCACCCAGGACACAGCAAAAAAUAUUUAUGGUUCGUUCCUGUGUCAUCUGAGCACUUUGAUGUCUUCAUAAUGCUGGAAAUAUCCUGGGAAACCAACCAUUCUUUCUGUGUGCAGAUAUUUAAAAUGCUGUGUUAUCUGAUAACUGGGAAUGCAGUCAACUUGUAGUAUGCGAUUAUCAGUAUCACCCACAAGAAUGUAUAGAAGAUAUUUUCAGCUUCUUGCUCAUAAUCUAUUGCCAGUAGUAUGGCAGCAUGUAGGGGCAUAUUUGCUUACUGUGUUUAGGAUUAAAAAAAUGGAUUAGUUCUUUUCUUCUUUGUCAGUUCCUUUCUACAUAUUGAAAACCUUUUCCUCUUUCCUGUA